AAAAACGUUCGUGGGGUUUGUUUUAAACUUUGACGAGGCGGAAGUGCCAACUCAACUGGAGGUGAAACAGAGGUAACAGGGAUUGAAGGUUUGAAAAAUAGAACCGAAGAGCAGCAGCACAAUGUCUUGUGAAAGCGGCGAAAAUGCAAGCAACCCUCAUCAGGAUGUGUCGAAUGAUGAGUUUCCAGCAGUGGAAGCUGUGCAGCGUGCCACCAACGUGGUGUUCCAGGCACACCAUGUGUCCCGUGACAAGCGUGGCAAGGCUUUAGGUGCCAGAGGGGGUUUCCGGGGAUGCACCGUCUGGCUGACUGGUCUGUCUGGUGCUGGCAAGACCACCAUCUCCUUUGCACUGGAAGAAUACUUGGUUAGCCAAGGUAUACCAGCCUACUCUUUGGAUGGUGACAACGUGCGCACAGGUCUGAACAAGAAUCUUAGUUUCACCCCUGAGGACCGGGAGGAAAACAUCCGCCGUAUUGCUGAGGUUGCCAAGCUCUUUGCAGAUGGCGGCAUUGUGUGCAUCACCAGUUUCAUCAGCCCAUAUGAGAAGGAUCGUGCCAAGGCACGUGCUCUGCAUGAGGCUUCUGGGCUGCACUUCUUUGAGUGUUACGUGAACACUCCAAUUGGCAUUUGUGAACAGCGUGAUGUCAAGGGUCUCUACAAGAAAGCCCGUGAAGGCAAAAUCAAAGGCUUCACUGGUGUUGACCAAGCCUAUGAGCCCCCUGUUAAACCUGAAAUUACUCUCAAAGCUGGAGAGCUGACAGUGGAUGAGUGUGUUCAGGACAUUGUCACCAUGCUGAUGGAGGAGGGAGUAGUUCCCCGUGGAGCUGUGAGCACUGUGCGGGAACUGCUUGUUCCAGAAUCUAGGAAAGCUGAGGCUAAAGCAGAAGCAGAGGCCCUGCCUUCUGUUGAGAUAGACAUGCUGGACCUGCAGUGGACACAAGUGUUGGCUGAAGGAUGGGCCUCCCCUCUGGCUGGCUUCAUGCGUGAGAGGGAAUACUUGCAAAGUCAGCACUUUGGCUGCCUCUUAGAUGGUGGUGUCACCAAUCAGUCAAUCCCAAUAGUUCUGCCUGUGAAAACUGCAGACAAGGAGAAGCUGGAUGGAUGUGCAGCUUUUACGCUUCGUUACGAAGGAAAACCAGUGGCCAUACUGCGCAAGCCUGAGUUUUACCCGCAUAAUAAGGAGGAAAGAUGCUCUCGCCAGUUUGGCACUUCCAAUACUGGACAUCCAUAUAUUAAGAUGAUAUAUGACAGUGGAGACUGGUUAGUAGGAGGUGAUUUAGAAGUGCUUGAACGCAUCUACUGGAAUGAUGGCUUGGAUGAAUAUCGGCUGACACCAAAAGAGCUUCGGGCUAAAUUUAGAGAGUUGGGAGCAGAUGCAGUGUUUGCCUUUCAACUGCGUAACCCUGUGCACAAUGGUCACGCUCUGUUGAUGACAGACACCCGCCGCCAUCUUCUGGAGCGUGGCUACAAGAACCCUGUACUACUUCUUCAUCCUCUGGGUGGAUGGACAAAAGAUGAUGAUGUACCAUUGCCCAUUCGAAUGAAGCAGCAUGCAGCCAUUCUAGAAGAAAAUGUCCUAGAUCCUUCCAAUACAGUCAUUGCUAUCUUUCCAUCACCCAUGAUGUAUGCAGGUCCCACAGAGGUACAGUGGCAUGCUAAGGCCAGAAUGUCCACAGGUGCCAAUUUCUACAUUGUGGGUCGUGACCCAGCAGGCAUGCCACAUCCAGAUGGUACAAGGGACCUGUAUGACCAUUCACAUGGUGCAAAGGUUCUUACCAUGGCACCUGGUUUAACUCAGCUAGAGAUUGUACCUUUCCGCGUUGCGGCUUACAACAAUGUGAAGCGUGCGAUGGAUUUCUUUGACCCAGAAAAGAAAGACGACUUUCUUUUUAUCUCUGGCACAAAAAUGCGCAAAAUGGCACGUGAAGGCACAAACCCACCAGAUGGCUUCAUGUCGGCCAAAGCAUGGCGCGUCAUGGCUGACUACUACCAGUCUCUGGCUUAAAGGCCAUCAGACUGGCAUGUGAAGGGGUCCCUUGUACCUCAGCAACACGCAGUAUACUUCCCUGGGGAAGCAGAGGGACUAAAUUAAUGGUUGCUUGUUGGAACAAACAAAAGAGGGAACACUGUUUUAGCUAAAUGUUGACAUUAUCAUUAUACCAUGACCUUUAAAAGCUUAUCAGAUAAAUUCUCACUUUGAAUCAAAAAUCUUACUUUUUGCAUGUUCUUGCUAACAAAAUGUCUUUGUUUUGGCAACAACGUUGGCAUGUCCAGGGCAAAUGAACAUAUACCAAUUUUGAGGAAAGCAUUAAAAAAGAUCUCAUAUAACUUCUUAAAGAAAAUCAUAGUUCUUAGCUAAGUCUUUUUCCUGUAAGAUAACCAUUUGGUGUUAAGCAUCUUUUGCCAAAACUGGAGAGAAAUUUAGACCAUCUUAUGCCAUACUGUCCAAACUUGUGGUUUGUCUUUGCCUUGUACUGCAACAGAUACUGUGAUCAUUUCUCAGCAUUUACUUUUUUAUAUUUAAAAAUGAUUCAGCAUAUUGCAUAAACUUUACAAGCUUUAAAGUAAAUUAUUUUUAUUCCUUACAUUUUUAAAAUGCUUGUGCCUGAUCUUUAUUUCGACGUUUCUCCCUUCUUUUAAUUUGACAAAAAUGAAAUAUAAAGAAAUAAGAUUAAGUAAGAUCUCGGGUUUUUUUCUUUCUCACAGCUCAGCAAUUUCUGUUUGGUCAUAAAUGAGUUAAACGUGAUAAGAGUUGGAGAUUUUCAAGUCUUAGCUGUACUCAGAUUUUAUUAAGUUAAUGGUCAAGUGCACACUGUAAACUUUUUAACCAUGCAAUGCAAAGAUGAAAUUCAGAUAACCUGUUACAUUACCUAAAGUAAUGUUGGACAUAAUUUUAUAUCCUGACAGUAAUGGAUGGUGUUAAACCUGUGAUAGUGAUUAUGAGGUCCAUUACUGCACCUGCUUUUCAAAUUACCAUUGUUACUUAGUAAGACUAUCUACUGUGCUAUGAAUAUAAAGACUUCAUGAAGAGUUUUAAGGGCUUAAACAAGGUAUUAGAGUAUUUUAUGUGCAAAUGUAUGUAUGUGCAAGCGCGUGUUUGUGUUUAAGAGGAGGCAAGCAGGAUGCAUGGAGGGAGAACUUGGAACUUUGUUGGUGGACAGUAGUCCUUUGAGAGAUGGGUUGGUGGGGAGGCUGGUGAACAUGGAUGUGUGCAACGGGAGGCAGGUGAACAUGGAUGUGUGCAACACUAUAGUCGUCACUCACAUUAAAAGACUGUAGAGUUAUCAAUAUUAAUGAGGAUACAAUUUUUGUAAAACCUUCAUGCACAUAAACUUCCACAUACAAGUGCUGCCUCCUCCAUAUAAAAGAGCAUCAAAAAAACAUUUUUGAAAUGUUAAUUACCUGUUUAUUUUUUUUAUUAUUCCCAGGAAAACUUUUUGUGAAGUCUAUUUUUCAUUGCCCAGGAAGUAAUGUACAUAUGAAAAUACUCCCUGUAUAUUGUGUUUCUAGGAUUAGAAAUACCAUGGAAUAAAGGUUAUUUCAAGAAAAGAUUAGAGGUUUGGAGAGAAAGUGGGAAAUAUUACAAUUUAUAUUUAAAAAUGCUUUUGUUAGUUUUUCCCUUGCCUGUCCAUUUUCUGGUACACAAAAGCCAUGCUUCAGUGAUAAUGAUUUUUAAGGGACUACAAACUGGUACUGUUGCAGAAUAAAGCAAACAGAAUGUAA